GGGUGGGUGGGGGGGGAAAGAGCAGGAAAAAAGAACCAUGCCGGGACUGCAAAUGGAUUUUGGGAGCGCGCAAGUGACCAUGCCGUGAUCUUGCGCAUCCGCCAGAAAAGAAGAAACGGCCGUGAGGAGAAUUUAAGGAAGGAACGGGGGGGGGGGGGAUAUCGAACCCACGCACCGGCGGGAUUAAAAACCACAGUGCUUUUUUUUUUUUUUUGUGCAAACAACAUGAAGAUUACCUCCCGUCCUCUGAUGAUAAGCGGUGUCGUUUUCAGCUCCAAGCUCAGGCUCAUUCCGAUUCUGCUGCUCUUUCUCGGUCACUCUCGCGGGAUGCCGCACGUUCUACGAUUCGGGGGAAUAUUCGAAUCCAUCGAGAGUGGCCCCUCGGGAGCGGAGGAACUAGCCUUUAAAUUUGCCUUGAACACAAUCAACAGGAACCGCACCUUGCUCCCCAACACCACGCUGACCUAUGACAUCCAGAGAAUAAACAUCUUUGACAGCUUUGAAGCUUCCAGGAAAGCAUGCGACCAGCUGUCCCUGGGAGUGGCGGCCAUCUUCGGGCCGUCCCACAGCUCGUCGGCCAACGCCGUCCAGUCCAUUUGCAACGCUCUGGGGGUGCCCCACGUCCAGACCAAGUGGAAACACCAAGUGUCGGACAACAGGGACUCGUACUACGUCAGCCUGUACCCGGACUUUUCCUCUCUCAGCCGAGCCAUCCUGGACCUGGUGCACUUCUUCAAGUGGCGGACCGUCACUGUGGUGUAUGACGACAGCACAGGUACAGGGCUCAUCCGACUCCAGGAGCUGAUCAAGGCGCCGUCACGAUACAACAUUCGUUUGAAGAUCCGGCAGCUGCCCACCGAGACCAAGGACGCCAAGCCACUGCUGAAGGAGAUGAAGAAAGCGAAAGAGUUCCACGUCAUCUUCGAUUGCGGACACGAGAUGGCUGCCUGGAUACUAAAACAGGCUCUGGCCAUGGGGAUGAUGACGGAGUAUUAUCACUACAUUUUUACCACCCUGGACCUUUUCGCCUUGGACAUGGAGCCGUAUCGUUACAGUGGAGUCAACAUGACCGGCUUCCGAAUCCUCAACACUGAGAACUCUCAGGUGUCGUCUAUCAUCGAGAAGUGGUCCAUGGAGCGGCUACAGGCCCCGCCCAAACCGGACUCGGGCCUGCUGGAUGGAUUCAUGACGACCGACGCGGCUCUGAUGUACGACGCGGUGCACGUGGUGGCGGUGGCGGUCCAGCAGUCGCAGCAGAUCACCGUCAGCUCCCUGCAGUGCAAUCGCCACAAGCCGUGGCGCUUCGGGGGCCGCUUCAUCGGCCUCAUCAAAGAGGCUCACUGGGAUGGCUUGACCGGUCGCGUUCUCUUCAAUCAGACCAACGGACUUCGGACAGAUUUCGACCUUGACGUCAUCAGCCUGAAGGAGGAUGGACUGGAAAAGAUCGGGACUUGGGAUCCUCCAAGUGGCCUGAAUAUGUCUGAGAGUCACAAAAGCAAGACCUCCAACAUCACUGACUCACUGGCUAACAAAUCCCUGCGUGUGUCCACCAUACUGGAGGAGCCGUAUGUCAUGUUUAAGAAGUCAGAUAAGCCGCUCUAUGGGAAUGACAGGUUUGAAGGUUACUGCAUCGACCUGCUAAGGGAGCUGUCUGGGAUACUGGGCUUCCAGUAUGAAGUCCGACUGGUGGAAGACGGCAAGUAUGGCGCCCUGGAUGAGGGUACGGGCCAAUGGAACGGGAUGGUGCGCGAGCUUAUGGACCACAAAGUCGACUUGGCCGUAGCUCCCCUCGCCAUCACCUACGUCCGAGAGAAGGUCAUUGACUUCUCCAAGCCCUUCAUGACGCUGGGGAUAAGUAUCCUGUACCGCAAACCUAACGGCACCAACCCCGGGGUCUUCUCCUUCCUAAACCCGCUCUCACCUGAUAUCUGGAUGUAUAUUCUGCUGGCUUGCUUGGGUGUCAGUUGUGUGCUGUUUGUCAUAGCCAGGUUUAGCCCCUAUGAGUGGUACAACCCACACCCGUGCAACCCGGACUCGGAUGUCGUGGAAAACAAUUUUACGCUGCUCAAUAGUUUCUGGUUUGGAGUUGGGGCUCUCAUGCAGCAAGGCUCAGAGCUCAUGCCCAAGGCGCUGUCGACACGAAUAGUGGGAGGCAUCUGGUGGUUCUUCACCCUCAUCAUCAUCUCCUCCUACACGGCCAACCUGGCCGCUUUUCUCACCGUGGAGAGAAUGGAGUCGCCCAUAGACUCUGCGGACGACCUCGCCAAGCAAACCAAGAUCCUCUACGGUGUGGUGGAGGAUGGGUCCACCAUGUCCUUUUUCAAGAAGACCAAGAUCUCCACCUAUGAUAAGAUGUGGGAGUUCAUGAACAGCAGGAGGCAAUCGGUGAUGGUGAAAAACGUGGAGGAGGGCAUCCAGCGUGCCCUGACUUCAGAGUACGCCUUCCUGAUGGAGUCCACCACUAUCGAGUUUGUCACCCAGCGCAACUGCAACCUCACACAGAUCGGCGGCCUCAUGGACUCCAAAGCCUACGGAGUGGGAACGCCAAUGGGCUCUCCGUACAGAGACAAGAUCACCAUCGCCAUUCUGCAGCUACAGGAGGAGGGCAAGCUGCACAUGAUGAAGGAGAAGUGGUGGAGGGGCAACGGCUGUCCGGAGGAGGAGAGCAAAGAGGCCAGCGCUUUGGGGGUCCAGAACAUUGGAGGCAUCUUCAUCGUGCUGGCCGCCGGACUGGUGCUGUCGGUCUUUGUGGCCGUGGGCGAGGUCCUGUACAAGUCCAAGCAGAACGCCCAGCUGGAAAAGAGAUCGUUCUGCAGCGCCAUGAUGGACGAGCUGCGCGUCUCUCUGAAGUGCCAGCGUCGACUCAAGCAGAAGCCUCAGCCGCCCGUCAUCGUCAAGACGGAGGAAGUCAUCAACAUGCACACCUUCAAUGACAGGAGACUCCCGGGAAAGGAAACCAUGGCAUGAAUGAGGGGGGGAAAAAAAAAAGAAGAAAAAAAACUCCUCUGGGUGUGUGGGGGGGACGAGGGUGACCUCAUCGGUGCAGGUCACACCGUGGAUUCCUUUUUUGGGGGGGGACCCCUUUGAUUUGUAGAGAGAUGUUUCCUGUGGAAAUAAAGCUAGCUGAGCAGUGUCACCUCACUGUGAAGUUCACUUUUUGAAGGGCAGCUGGAGACGUGGACUAACACACACACACACACACACACACACACACACACACACACACACACACACACACACACACACACAUACAGUCGUGCUCUGGGAGAAUUUAUGAUUUCUUGGCCAUUCUUCAGAGAAUAUGAAUGAUAACACUAAAACCUUUCUUCCAUUCAUGCUUAAUGGUCGUGUGAAGCUAUUUAUUGGCAAACAACUGUUUACUAUUUUUAAAU